AAAAUAAUAAUGUAAAAAAUCUUGAAAGGGAUUUUACAUUUACUUACUGAAAAAUUGAAAUUGAACUCGUCAAAACUUGUUACAUUUCGUUUUCUCUCAGCUCCAUUUUUUGAUUUUAUUAUUCAAAAAGAAAGAAAAGCUUCAAUUUCAAUUCAAUGGGUUCUUCAACACGAUUGGCUAAGCUCAUUUCCACCAUUGCUUUUUCAGCUUAUUUCUUUAUCAUCAUUUUUCAAAUCCCCAUUUUCAGCGUUCCAUGCAGAAGGGGAAUCUGCAAGACACCGUUAGAAUUGACAUGUUCUCAAUUGAUUGCAAGUGAGGUGUUUCCACUUUUCAUAGUGAAAGCUCUUAUCUACCCAGGAUCCGUUGCAAAGGCUAUUUUCAAGCUGAAAACAAUCCCAAGUUACAGAAACCUGUUGCACAAUUUCAAUACAAGGACAAUCUCUGCCGUAUCAGAACUCCAACGCCUAGAGGUUCUUGCAGGAAGCUAUUUGGCUGUAGGAGGAGCAAUCUUGGGUCUGUUAAAACCAGGAAGAAUGGGACUUUUUGGAAUACUUCUUCUUAUGUGGGGUCUGAUUAGAGAACUCAUCAUGAUAGAAUCUGGUUUCAGUCAUGCAAAGGGUAUCCGAAUCUAUCCAACCAUUGUGUUUGCUCUAGUCUCAGCAUUCUUUUCCAUUAGAAGGGAUGUCAGAGAAUUAAUUCGUACCUUUAAUCUAAAGCAUGUUCGGAAGGCAAAACAUUUCUAAAUGAUUUGAAAAUUGAGAAUGGCAUACAUGUGUCAGCGUAUGCAUCCUUGAUGUAACAUGCUAGGAUGCUUGAAUCUUACAAAACAGGUAGGUAGCUAGGAAUACUUCUGCUUACUGUUAAAGGCAAUUUCAACCACAGGAAUACUAGACUUCUUGAUCUUAGGCUAGCCAUUGGAAAAUAUGCAGCAAAUUUUUUUGACAUACUAUUUGUGAAUGAGAAUGUGUUGGUUGACGAUAUUCAUAGCACCUGAUUUGACACGACAGAAUUUUUAAUAAGUGUACAAUGCAGCUUUGUGUGCACGAUUACUUCUUUCA